AGUCAUGGUUGGGUUUUUACAGGGAUAGCCACUGAUGACCCGAAUGCGGUGGUGAUAGGACUGGCUCCUCAGCACUUUCACUACGAGAUGAUGAACAAAGCAUUUCGGCUGAUUUUGGAUGGUGCUCCUCUUAUAGCUAUACAUAAAGCCAGGUAUUUCAAGAAAAAAGAUGGCUUGGCUCUGGGACCUGGACCUUUUGUAGCUGGGCUGGAAUAUGCAACGGACACCAAAGCGACAGUGGUGGGGAAGCCAGAGAAAACCUUCUUCCUAGAAGCUUUGCGAGGGACUGACUGUGCUCCGGAGGAGGCCGUCAUGAUUGGUGAUGACUGCAGGGAUGAUGUUGGUGGUGCCCAGGAUGCAGGCAUGCGUGGGAUUCUGGUAAGGACUGGUAAAUACCGUCCGGCAGAUGAAGACAAAAUCAAUCCGGGCCCUUACUUAACCUGUGAGGAUUUCCCAGAGGCAGUGGAACAUAUCCUCGAGCAUCUCCUGUGA